AUGCACCUUGAUAUAAAGAGGAAAAACCUUUACACAUCCCUAUGGGCAUGCAGAAGGGCUCUAGGAAAGACCUGGGGCUUCAAGCCCAGCAUUGCCUUAUGGGUUUACAAAGCCAUCCUACUACCGCGACUAACCUAUGCCGCGAUAGUAUGGUGGCCCAGAACAAAGAAAAAAGAAACAGGGAACCUACUAAAAAGCCUCCAGGGAAGUUAUCUGAGAGCUAUUGCAGGUUCCAUGAGAACCACACCCACAGCCGCACUGCAAGUGGCCUUAGGGUGUCCCCCCCUUGAGCACGUCAUAACUAACGUCGCCAAACUCUCAGCAUACAGACUACAAUGUCUGGGGGAGUGGAAGAGCACCGGUAACGGGCACACGGCACUGGAGUUCUUACACAAACCCCCAUUCACAUUUACGCAAGAUAGAAUCCCCAGGAAGUACCAGCUACAAAGCACCUUCAAGGUCCUUAUACCAGCUAGGAACGACUGGAAGGAACCGGGAUUUCCGAACAACCUGGGCACUGACAUCUGGUACACGGAUGGCUCAGGAAACAACAACCGCUUCGGAGCAGGUUUCUGUGGCCCGAGGAUGAGACACAGUACUAGCUUCUCUCUGGGGGAACUAGCCACGGUCUUCCAAGCUGAGGUUCUAGCAAUCUCAGAAUGCGCAAAACUACAGAUCUCAUUAGGAGUUAAGUACAGAAAGAUCUGCAUAUGCUCAGACAGCAGAGCGGCGAUAAACGCCCUUGCAACGAUCAGCACGGAAUCUUCCACCGUCUGGGAAGGCAUGCAGGCAUUAUCACAACUCAGCAAGCUGAACAAAAUCACCCUCAUAUGGACCCCUGGACACCAAGGUGUACAGGGCAAUGAGAUAGCCGAUGGUCUGGCAAAACUAGGCACCCUUGAGAGCCCGGUUCAACAGAUAGUCGGUGUCCCCUUUGUCCUUGGGAAAAAACACAUCAAGGAGAGCCUGGAAAGGCAACACCUAACCUCCUGGACGGAAGCAACGGGCUGCCGCCAGGUAAAACUCUUGAUACAACAACCAUCAGCCAGCAGAACCAAGGAGCUCUUGGCCAUCAGCAGAAAAAAAAUAAGGACCUGUAUAGGCCUCCUCACCGGCCACAUAACACUAAGGGCACAUUUACACAAACUCGACCGAGCUGAGCAAAUAAAUUGCCGGCUAUGUGGAGAAGAAAAAGAGGACAGCAUACAUAUACUAUGCCGAUGUCCUGUCCUAGCUCUGAAAAGAUACAGAAUCUGGGGUAAGAUGUUCCUACGACCCAGUGAUCUAAAGGGUGCUAAGAUGAGCAACCUCUGCGGCCUGCUAGCGAAUGCCGAGCUGGGCCUUAUCGAAUGA